GGAACCACGAAAUCCCGAGUCGCGGGCGGCUGCCACAUGGGUUCCGCAUCUCUGCUUAUCCAAGGCCCAGUCCGAUGCCAACCAGACUCACAAGACCCAAGUUAUCCUCUUUGGCAGGGCAUUUUUCUCUAACUUCCCCAGAAUCUCUCCUGACCAACACAGAUCAAUGAGCGCUCAUGCGGGUUACAUGGCUGUUGAGACCUCAUGUCCACAAAUCCUUUCCGUAAGAGUAGUUCAUUGAAAGGUUCUGGCGGAAGCAACACUCCCACUCCCAGUCUCACAUCGGAUCAUCGCGGCACCAGUCCUGGCGCUCUUUCUCUUGAUACCAGAGUCCAUGGUCCUUCGCAGAAACAUGUGAACUUUGCCUCUCCCCCGGCCAUCCCCAUCUCGCCGGUCUCAUAUCCACCUUCGCCCGAGUCUACGCGACAGGAGUUCCUAUCUACAUUCCCAAGCCCGAAAUCUCCUGUACCUGCGCCGACAGACUAUAGCCAGGCGCUUGCGAGCGAUCCUUUUGCGGCCGAAGCUUCCGACGAGGAUGAUAGCGCCAUCGAGCAGGCAUUGGAGAAUGCGAGGGCAAACAAUGAGAUUACCGCGGCUGGGUCGAUCACGACGAAGGUCUCAAGAGAUGAUGCUGUGAGAGAGACUCUAGCGCGAUUUCCAAGCAUACCACGGCGGCCGGUUAACAGUCAAUCAGCCGCCGCUGCUGGGAAAGACCUCAGCAGCUCCUCGAAGUCGACAAUGGAUGUAGAUGCUUUCAAGAGGAUGUUGCUGACUGGAGAUCGGAGUGCUUCUUCAUCCCGCGAUAUCGCGGUGCAGAACAUUCAGUCAGGCCCUAAUCCUGUAAGUGACAGUGGCUCCAGUGCGGACACGGCAUCAAUCUCACAGCACUCGAUUUUCGAGACUGUACAACCUGCGCACGAUGAAAGCCCUCGGACUUCAGAUGAUCUAGAGGGCAACGAGGCAAAUACAUAUCGAGCGCAGCUUGGGACCAUCUCAGAGAAAGGAGAGAAACCACCUCCGCCGAAGAGCAGGCGCGGGAAACCUCUCAAGGACUUGGGAAUGGAGCAAGGUCCAACAGCCAAAUUCGACAGCUUUAUCAAUUCUCUGGCGUUGCCCGGCAGCCGUAAUGUCAGCUCAGAAGCGCCGAUUCUGAACUCGCCUCCGAUUGUUGAAAGUCAUCCUAGCGAUCGAUUUGCGAGUACCGGACAUCCUGAUACUCAGAAAAAGGUGCCACCAGCGCCUCCGUUAACUCGCCGGAAGAGCCAGCAAGCACCAAAGAAACCAGUCUUAACAAGGAGCAGCUCGUCUCGUUACUCGGUCUUCAGCGAAACGGAUGGACCUCCAAGUCCGUCCUUUCUCAGCUCUGCAUCGAAAGCUCCUCCGCCGCCCCCAGCCCGUCGCGCCAAUAGCACUGGCGACCGCCGCCCUUCCAUCGACGUGGCCUCCAUUCCAGAGAAUGCGGACUUGGCGGAUACGGAAUUACGGCCGGGCCUACACUCUAGUCCAUCCUACUCGAAGCGGAUGAGCCAAGGACUACCGCCUCCAUUACCGCCGCCUCGGCGAGGAAGAGGCUCUAGCCGAAGCAGCAUGGAGACCACGAGGCCGUCAAUGGCACACCUAGACAUGGCAGAGGCUGGAGGAAGUGAUUUGGAGUUUCCCAAGAGUGACCCCAGAGACAUUUUGGCGGACCUCGCGGCCCUUCAACGCGAGGUAGAUGCUGCUCGGGCAGGGGCCGGUCAGUGACGAAGAGAUGACAUUGAUUGACGAAGAACAGCUCUUGUAUGAUAAGGUAAUAGCCACAAUAAGCAUUGGAUGUUCCCAUA